AUGCGCCGCACUUUUCGCCGCUUCCAUGCGCACCGGGUGCUCUGCCUCGCCGGCGACGGUGUUGGUGGAGAGCUCCUUGAAGCGACCAAGCUGGCCUUGCAAGCCACAGGCGUAAACUUCAGCUUCGAAGACAUGGACUUUGGGAACGCUUGUGCUCGUCGGACUGGCUUCCCAAUCAACGAAGACCAUGUGCGAGCUGUGGAAGAGAUCGGGUGCGUUCUCAAAGGGCCGAUCGACAUCCCUGCUGGCAGUGCAUCGGCACAAGUUGAGCUCCGAGGACGGCGCUUCUCCUCGGCGAAUCAGGCCCUCCGCAAGCUCUUUCAGCUCUAUGCCAAUGUUCGACCGGCCAAGUAUCUCGAAGGAACUUGCUCCAAGUUCCCGGGAACAGAUGUCGUGGUUGUGCGUGAGAACACGGAGGGAAUGUACACUGGAGAGGAGGUGUGGGAAAGCCCAGACAGCGUGGUCGCGACGAGGCGGAUCACACGGCAGGGCGCUACUCGAGUUGCAACCUUCGCAUUCGAGUACGCGCGUGCUAACGGCCGGAAGAAGGUCACCGCAGCACACAAAGCCAACGUCCUUCGGCAGUCGGAUACACUCUUUCUAGAAUGUUGCCGCCAGAUAGCCUCCGAAUUCCCAGAGAUUGAGUACACAGAGCAGCUGUGCGACUCAUUGCUUACGGGUAUGGUAUUGCACCCACAGCGCUGGGAUAUCAUCCUUUGCGAAAACCUCUUUGGUGAUCUUGUAUCUGACUUGGCCGCCGGCCUUGUCGGAGGCUUGGGCCUCGCUCCUUCAGCCCUUUAUGGUGAUUCAGGCGUGUCGAUCUUUGAACCUGCCCAUGGCAGUGCUCCCGACAUUGCUGGUCAAGACCGUGCCAAUCCCACGUCGAUGCUGCUUUCAGCUUCACGAAUGCUCCAGCACCUGGGUGAGCACACCGCCGGCCGAGCACUCGAAGAAGCGCUGGCGGCUGUUAUCAAGGAAGGCAAGCACACGACACCCGACCUGGGCGGGUCCGUGGGAACUCAGCAAAUGGCAAAAGCCAUCGCGAACAGGCCUGGAGACGGCCUCUCGGAGCUUCGUUAUCCGGCGGGCAUCUACAUCAACAACAGCUUUCUUUAUGUGGUGGACUACGGAAACAGCCGCGUCCUACAGGUUGCCAGCGGCACUUCCACGGGACAGCGAGUCCCAGAGGAUGAGGUGCUGCAGCUGCCGAUCCUGCCAACGACAGCAGCCGACAGUUUUUUCGACAGCUUUGGGAAUUUCUACCGCGUGGAUUACGGCAACCAUCGGCUCAUGUUUUGCCAGCGGCAGAUCAUGUGCGCAUUCACGGCCUGCAAAGAUGUUGAUCCUGCAGCUGCUUAUGGUCCAAGCUGUGGCUGUGCGGAGGGCCGCACUGACUGCCGCGAGGGAUUGCACCAGUUGGUGCCGGGUGACCGUCAGUACUUCUGGCCAAAGCGCUUCGGGAGCUCUGGAGUGAUGCACUUCAGGCAAGGCUUUGCCAACACGGCGAAGCCGCCCGGAUUCGAUCUGGUCAGAGAGAUACCCUCCCGUCACAGCAGCCAGAUCUCCGUCAAUGCAAUGCCAGUCCUCAGCGACGAGGACAACCUCCACAUUCAGCGGUCUCGAGUCGGCGAGAUGAGUGAGACCAAGGAGGUCGAAGUCGUCGACAUACCGGUGCACACGAAGGAGUCGCUGUCCACGGCCGACUCCGCCGCUGCGCUUGAAUCUCAACAGGACACAUCCUGCACCACGCUGGGUCGCAGAAGCAGGCUGCUUGGUCGAGCAGCAGACUCUCGGUGGAAGCUUCGUCGAGACGAGCUGGAGAUGCGAAAGGAGCUCAGCCGAACGCUCAAGAGCACGCUAUACCUAGCCACCUGGAAAGGUACAGAUGUGGUGAUGAAAUGCGUUGAAGUUCCGGAGAAUUAUGACAGGACGGACGAUCCUACACGGAAAACAUCCAAGGAGAACUUCGAUCCCACCUCGUCGCGUCCGCUCCAUGCUUCGGAGGUCGACCAGGAUCUCUUGGAAGAAUUGCUGCACGAGAUCGAACUUCUUUCCUCCCUGCGGCACCCAGAUUUGGUUCUGUUCAUUGGGGCCUGCUUGGACAAGGACGCUCCUGUCAUGUGCGUCACAGAGUACAUGCCCGGUGGAGAUCUGGAGCGUCACUUCAUGGCCAUGCGAAAGAAGCAUCAAACGCCGACCUGGCGACCACAAUUCCGUCAAAUUAUGGAUUGGAGCUUAGCGGUUGCUCGUGGGCUCAGCUUCCUGCACUCGCGGGAGGAGCCCAUCGUUCAUCGAGACCUCAAGCCGCUAAACCUGCUGCUGACGAGACACGGCGAAGUCAAGAUAGCGGACCUUGGCAUCUCCAAGAUGAUGGCAGCGGUGGUUGGUGACGUCUACAUCAUGACCGGUGGAGUUGGCAGUUGGCUAUACAUGGCGCCGGAAGUUGUCAGGCACCAGAAGUACAACGAGAAGGUGGAUAUCUAUGCCUUUGCCCUCAUCAUGUUUUUCAUGAGCUCUGGACGACACCCUUUCCACGAGAUAUCGAAAGAUCCAGAAGUCGUCUUGAGAGAGUUCGCCAAGGGUAAGGAACCGAGGCAAACUGACCUGUGCUGGCAGCAAUCCGCAUACUGUAGCGUGAACCCUGAUCCAGAAAUCACCAUCUGCUGCAGGUUCUGUCGAGUGGUUUAA